UUUCUCUCGUCAGCAGAUGUAUUUCUGUGCUGUUUGUUGCUGGUUGCAUUGGGUUUCUUAGUUGCAGGCUGAAAAAACAAAUAAAUAAGGAAAUCGGGGCCAAACAUUCCGCGGCAACGCAACAAAUAGCAGCCAAGCAGCACGUGCCACUUGCCAUUAGCGCCGAAAAUAAAAAUAAAACCGGGAAAAAGAAAGCAACGCAUUUGACAUUGAACAACAUUCGCGGUGCAAAAAUAAAUCUAGGAAAUACAACCCACACACAAACAAACGCGAUAUCAGCUGUUCAGCAAGUGCGUGCGGCUGAAAAUAUUCAUUAUUAAUUGUGCCAUCGGCGUAGAGAGGUGCUAUUCCACUUCCCUCGGCAUUUUCCACAUUCCCUCGCAGCGGCCAAUCGACUUUUCCGGGCAUUCAAAACUGGAAAUUGCAAAUCGCGAGCAUUUACCCAAGUGUUGUGUAAUCGAUUUCCAGUGAAAAUGAGUGCUACUGUUCAGGAAGCGCCUAAGAAGGCAGCCGCGUCCAAUGCCAUCAAGUUUCUGUUCGGCGGUCUCUCGGGAAUGGGAGCCACCAUGGUGGUACAGCCUCUGGACCUGGUCAAGACCCGCAUGCAAAUCUCUGGAGCUGGAAGUGGCAAGAAGGAGUACCGCAGCUCCUUCCACUGCAUCCAGACCAUAGUUGGCAAGGAAGGUCCAUUGGCACUGUACCAGGGCAUUGGAGCUGCUCUGCUGAGGCAGGCCACCUACACAACUGGAAGAUUGGGGAUGUACACUUACUUGAAUGAUCAAUUCCUGGAGCGAUUCCAGAGGAAUCCCGGCAUCAUAGACAGCAUGGCCAUGGGAACCAUCGCCGGAGCCUGCGGUGCCUUCAUCGGUACCCCCGCAGAGGUGGCUCUGGUGCGCAUGACCUCCGAUGGCAGGUUGCCGGUUGCCGAGAGGAGAAACUACACGAAUGUGGCCAAUGCCCUGGCUAGGAUCACCAAGGAGGAGGGCAUCACAGCUCUCUGGAGAGGUAGUCUGCCCACCGUGGGUCGCGCCAUGGUCGUGAACAUGACCCAGCUGGCCAGUUACUCCCAGUUCAAGACCUAUUUCCGCGACGGACCCCUCAAAAUGCAGGAGGGCAUCAAGCUGCACUUCUGCGCCAGCAUGUUGAGCGGUCUGCUGACCACCAUCACAUCCAUGCCGCUGGACAUCGCCAAGACCCGUAUCCAGAACAUGAAGACGGUCAACGGCAAGCCAGAGUACAGCGGCACCGCCGACGUUCUGCUGAGAGUGGCCCGCCAGGAGGGAAUCUUCGCUCUGUGGAAGGGAUUCACUCCCUACUACUGCCGCCUGGGUCCCCACACCGUAUUGACCUUCAUCUUGCUGGAGCAGCUUAACCAGGGCUACAACAAGUAUAUCCUGGGCGUGAACAAGAGUACUGGCCUGUAAAUAUAUAUAUCAUAUAAAGCGAUCCUCGAACGAUUAAACAUGAACCAUGCGUGUAUAUACAACGUUAAGUUUAAAACAAAAACUUAGGGCAUUUAUAUGUCGGCAAUUCCGGUGACAAUAUUACAUGAUAACGAUUAGCUUGAAUGUUGAAACAGUUUUUUGUAGCGCCAUAAGUGUGAAGUGGAUUCUCAAUAAAGCACAAAAUGUUAUAAA